UCGUGCUUCUUCUUCUUUCUCUGAAGCAUACUAAAGAGCUUCAGCAACUUGAGCUUCUAGCUUGGCUUUCUCCUUAGCCAAAUCUGAAUUCUUCUCAACCAGCUUGAGCCAAUGCUCAUACAGCUUUUCAUAAUUCCCAACAAGAUCAAAGGUUCCACCUUCAUCAUCACUUCCAGCAUCAUCAUCACCUCCACAUGAAGACCCUGACACAGACACUGAAGCUGAUCCCACUGCAGAUUCCGUCUUAGAACCAGACAUAAAGGUUGUGAAUGCCACAAUACUCUUUAGCUCCUCACCAUAAUCAGAUUCACUUUUAGAAUCACUCUUGGUGACUGUCUUCUUCUUCCGCUUCUGCAGAUUUGCACACUCAUCAGCUACAUGCCCAAAACCUUUGCAUUCAUGGCACUAUAGAACCUUUGGAGAAUCACAAAAUCUCCCUCUUCUUUCUUUCUCCUUCAUGUUAUCAUCAACCAUGAACCCCAUAAAAGAUUUGUUUCGUCCAUUCCAUGAGAAACACUUCUUGAUAGGCAACUUAGCUAUCUCCAUCAAUCCUCAAGAUCUACUUGAAACUCUUGUCCUUCUUCUUGAACCAGUUUCUGUCCUCACCCUUAUGAUCUCACCAGUAACUUAGGUGACCCGCUCUGAUACCAAUUGUUAGUGCAGUGAGGUCAGAGUAUAAAUGCAGAAAUAAAGAACACACAAGUUUUUCUCUUUUCGAAUUCACUAGAACAAGAAAGUCUUACACCAAUCUUUUCUAUUACAAGAAUCCUUUAGGAUUACCCCAAUCCUAAGCUAAAAAUCACCCUAGAGUAUAGACUUUUGUUUAUCAGAAUCUUCCCGACCCCGAGCUAAACUCCCCCUCAAUCUAGACUUCAAUCUUCCACCUCCACGGAAGUACUUCAACAACUACGUCAGCACCUAACGCACAGCAGCAACACCAAAAGCUUGAUCACACAAGCACCAAACAAUGAUCUCUCCGUUUUUUUCUUUUGCAGAGACAACUCUUACCAUAGAGGCACGUCCUCCAUGUAUACAUAACCAGAACUUGCUCUCCAAGUUCUUCCAAAAGCAACUUAAGCAACUUUCAUUUUUCUCCCAAGGAAUAACUCUCUUGUUUUUUCCUCUUCAAGUAAUAUCAUUUACACUUAAUGUAAAUCUUCCAAUAAACAUAUUGCUUCUUCUCCAAGCUUAACAAGCCCACAGACAUCACAUAACACAAACUUCAACCAAGCCCAUCUUCAUGACACACGCAUGUACUACCUCAUGUAGUACUUCACGAACUGAUACAGAAUAUAUAUCUUCAACUCUAAAUCACCAUGGACAGUGAGAGAUACUCCGGGAGCAACCGGGACAGGGCUGGGUAGUCAAACUAAAUGAUGCAAUAUGCAUGAUCAGAUUCACCUCCUACCUCGUUAAUACAUAAGAACAGAGUUAAACUAGGAACAAAUUUAGUACCAUUGAUAUUUUCAAAAUGAAAUGGUUCGUUUGUCACAGUAUUUUCUAUAGAUUUUAUUUAUUAUCAAAGGAACAUCCUAAAUUAAAUUAUUAGUCAAACUUGGUCACUAACCGAAACCAUGAUGAUUAUCUAAUGCCACGCGCAUGAAGUGGUUAUAGAAUAUUAUACUAUGACAAAUGAAAUGGUUCGUUUGUCAUAGUAUAUUCUAUAGAUUUGAGUUCCUACCAAAGGAACACUUUAAAAGUAAUUUAUUAGUUAAACUGGCCACUAACCGGAACCAUGAUGAUUAUCUAAUAUGCCACGCGCAUGAAGUGGUAAUACGUUCCUUUUACAGGGGACGUGCACAAAAUGCGAGCCUCAGUGGUCAUUGUGUGCCUGACAGCUACGGCCUCCAGCUUUCUCUUUACCCAACAAUCAUGUUUCUUCGUUUCCGUUUUGUACCUUAAAUCCUUUCAAAAUUAUCUCUCUUCCUGGUCCUCUGGUUUGGAAACAUUCCGGUGAGUUUGAUCAAAAGAAAUAAAGUAGUGUGUUAUAUAAAAUGGCGGCCCUGGAUGUGGAUACGGUAUCGAAAUAUCUGGAGAGAUCGAUGCAGAACUGUUCACUGAGUAACCAGAGAAUGAGUUUCGAAGAUGGGUUUGGUGUGACGGACGAGAGCGAUGGAGAUCAUAUACCGAUCAUAGAUAUAACGUUGGAGCUCAAUUCUCACAUCCCUGUUCCUUACCAUUUGGAACAGUGUCUUGAUCUUAAGACAGGAGACGUAAACCGGAACAGUGGAAUGAGAGUGAAGAAAGAUCCGAGGAAAUUGGUCAGUAGCAGCUAUGCAGAUCAAUUCAGUGGAGACUCCAUUGUAACUGUGUUUUCAGAAGAAGGUAGCUCGUAUUACGAGAGCGAAGAGUCUUCAUCAGAGUCAUCGAGAGAAAUUUACAAAGAAGAAGUUCUUGUGGUAGCUGGUUGCAAAGCUUGUUUCAUGUAUUUCAUGGUCCCUAAACUCUUAACGGAUUGCCCCAAGUGUGAAGCUCAGCUUCUCCACUUUUGGUCGACCACAUUAAGCUUCUCCUUAGACCUCCUUUUUUCUUUCUUAGUUUUUUUCAUUUUUAUCUUCACAAAGAUUUGUUGGUUGCCUUUUUUUUUUCUUAUUCUCCUUUUAUAUCAUAAAAUAUUAAUUGGUCUUGUAGUAUGUCAAUCGCAUUAACACAAAUAGGGCCGGGCGAAAAAACAUGAAUCCGAAGAAGCAAACCGAACUCGAUCCGAAAAAGUAGUAUCAAAUCCAAACCAAAAUUGAUUAAAUAUCAGAACGGGUCUAAAAUUUUGGUAUAUAAAAAACCGAAACCGAGCCCAAUCCGAACCGAAAUAUUUCGGGUACCCUGAAAUAGAUUUAUAAACCUCUA